GUUACGUUUACAUUCUGUUCUCGACGUCGCGUUCAUCGUAGGGAGCCAUUAGCCUCGUCCGCGUUAAGCAUCGUGCCAUAUUCCCAUUCGCGCCCUAAUAUUAACAACAUUCUCGUAGUUUUAAGUGAAAUAUUAUGAGAGUGAAGACCGAAAUGGACGACGACGAAAAGGGAAAGCUGUUUGUUGGUGGUUUGUCAUGGGAGACAACACAAGAAAAUCUUCAACGCUACUUUGGCCGUUAUGGUGAAGUAAUUGACUGCGUUGUUAUGAAAAACAGUGAAUCUGGACGCAGCCGUGGAUUUGGAUUCGUAACAUUUAGUGAUCCAGCUAAUGUUCCAUUAGUUCUUCAGAAUGGACCGCAUCAACUUGAUGGGCGUACAAUUGACCCAAAACCAUGUAAUCCACGCACUCAGCAAAAGCCGAAACGUAGUGGAGGCUUUCCAAAAGUUUUCCUUGGUGGCUUACCAAGUAACGUGACUGAAACAGAUUUGAGGUCAUUCUUUACCCGUUUUGGUAAAGUUAUGGAGGUUGUCAUAAUGUAUGAUCAAGAAAAGAAGAAAUCGAGAGGAUUUGGCUUUCUCAGCUUCGAGGAUGAAGACGCAGUGGACCGAUGCGUAGCGGAGCAUUUCGUCAACUUAAAUGGAAAACAGGUUGAAAUCAAACGUGCAGAACCACGAGAUUCUUCCAGCAAAAUGAAUGACAGCCAUCAAGGUCAAUGGGGACCACCUCAACAAGGUGGGCCUCCAAUGGGUAUGGCCGGGAAUAUGGGACCUAUGGGUGGUCCAAAUGGACAAAUGGGUGGACCUAUGAUGGGGGGCCCAAUGGGUCCACCAGGAAACAUGAUGCAGCAGUAUCAAGGUUGGGGUACCAGUCCUCAGACUGGCGGAUAUGCUGCUGGAUACACUACUCAAUAUAAUUCUCAAGGUUGGGGUGCGCCUCCUGGUCCUCCACAACAACAACAAAUUCCACCACCACCACAUCAUCAGUGGGGUAGCAGUUACAAUGUCCAGCCUGCAGCAGCUACUCAGGGGUAUGGAAGCUAUGGUGGGCCGGCGGCCGCCGCUUCAGGGGGCUAUGGGCCCACGGCGGGUACUGGCGGGGCUGCGGGGGGUGGGCCCGGGGGUUCUUGGAACUCCUGGAACAUGGCACAAAACGGUCCUCCUCCUGGGACUCAGCCACCACCUCAGCCCCCUCAGCCUAACUCCUCGCAGCCUAACUCCAACUCGAACCCCUCUGGCCCGCAGGGUGACAUGUAUUCGCGACAGACCACCGGUUCAGGUGCACCUGGGUCCAGUAGCAGUUCAGCUAAAACUCCGGAUUAUACUGGGUACUCUGCAUAUGGUAAUUACGCUGACACCAGUUAUCCUCAGCGUUCGUAUCAAGGAGGAGAAAGCAACCAAGGAAAGUGGAGAAAUGCAUCUACCCGAGUUUAUAAAACGGAAGCGCCAAGGAAAAGAUGGUGUUAGGUUCUAGAAAUAUUGAUUUCAUUGAUCGCUCGCGACAACGGCCCAUGAUCUUAUUGGGUUUCAAAGGUACUGUGGAAACAAUUGAAACCGCACAUUUAAAACAGAUAAACAGAGAGGAAUAAAUAGCAAAAAAUGCAAGACGAACAAAAUACCAGGACAAAGAGUAAAUGGACACCCAUGGUGCAAGUAAAUUUUUGUAUGGCACUGGGAUAGAGGGUAGGAAGCGGAACAUAGAAGUAUUAUAAGAGUUAGAUUGAAUGGAUUAAGUAAAAUAAAGCAAAUAUAAUGAAAGCGAGUGUAAAGAAUAAGGGAAUGCUGAAUAUUACUUACCAGCAUUUGAGCGGGAGAUGGCUGAAAUUUCGUUUUGAGAAAUUUCUUCUCAGUGGAUGGCACAAAUUUCGAUGCUCGUUCACCUUUUUGAUACUUUUAGUGAACACUUCGGUAAUUUGAAAAUAAGAAUAAUUAAAUAAAAGAAAUAUUAUAUUACGGUCUCCAGUGCAAGGCCAACGAAUGACUGGCAUAUUUGAGACACCCGUCCCUCCACGAUCUCGUUUUUAUUAAAAUAGUAUGCUGGAACGGAGGAAAAUGAAAACGUAAUGAGUAAUUAAUGAAAUAAUUAAGUAAGGUGUUCACACAGGCUGACUUAUAAUCCUAAACUACAGAGAUAGUGUAAAAUAAAUAGAUCCUUUUAAUAUGAUGUAUGUAUAUCUAUAACUUUAUUGACAGCAGGCUGCAGUUUCCUUAAGCAGGUUUUUUUUUUCUCUCCUUUCCUCUUUGUUUUUUUAUUUUAUUAUUUUCAUGUUGUAUCUCUGUAAUACUGUACAAUAUGUUAGGCAUAUUGAUAUUUAGUUCCUUUUUCUUUUAUUCUCCUUCACUUGUGACGUUUUUUUAAUCUAAAUCUGGUCCUUUUCCGUUUCCAUGUAUGUGAAAAAGUUUAUUGUUUUUGGAGGGAAGAGGACGAGAAAGGAAGCGAAAAAAAGAUGUCGAAUUUUUUAAGAUUAAAAAAAAGAAAGGAAAAUUUGUAUAAUAAGAACUUUUGAAUCGUUGGACAUGUUUCUGUACGGUCGUAUUGCAUCAAAUAUGGAAACUAGUUUAUUUUUUACCUCGGAUUUAUAAUAGUUAAUUAUUAGGCACCUUUAAGACUACAAUUAUUGUUACUAUUAUUAUUACUUCUAUGAUAAUUAUUACUAUUAUACUACUAUUAUCAUUAUGAACUAUUUACAGCUAUUUAUCACUAUUUACUGUUGCGACUGCUCCUACUGCAACCAUUAUGAUUGCACUACUAUACACGCUAUUAUUACUGUCUAUGAUAAUUAACAAAUAUUGUACGAUGAUGCUUAUAAGUGUUUAAAUUUUAGAUGAUUAGAUAUGAAAGAGAUCAUGAUAUCUACUGGAUGGAGGGAGGGGUAUUUGUAAUUUGUGCGGUGUACUCGGCGGGGGGCGUCGAUCUGAAAAGUCUACCUGAUUAAAUAUAUGACUUAAUUGUAUUUACUCUGUAGGAUUUACCAUAGUUCUAAACAAGGAAUAUUUCGGAAGAAUGCUCUCAAAUGCUCAUGUUUAUUACUGAGCGAGUCGCGUUGUGUCUUACUUUGUCAAUAAGAAUUGCAAAUAUUGCGCUAAUGUAAUUUUAAAUUUUUUACGAGGUCACACUAUAAUCAGUAGGUUACAAUUAAUAACGGAUCAACAAUUUGCGUAAGCUUCCUCACUAUUGAUCUCAAUACGAUUUAGCUUUUUCUUUCCCUUUAUGGCAUCUGUUCUUUCUCAAAUUGUUGUAACUUUAACCACUUUUUUCGUUUCUACAUUUUUUUUUUUUUUUUAUUAUUAUUAUUUCAGCUUGCCAUAUUUCUCGUAACAUAUAAAUUCGCAAUAAGCGGUGCGAAUUUUUUUUUUUUUGUGUAUGUCAUUGAUCGACUUUCAAAUCAAUUAACUCCUGUACUUAUCCUCCGCAUUGUCUUAAAGUGCUCGUUACCAUUUUCGGAUUCGAUACGUUUAAUUAACAGUAUCGCGUAGCAUCAUAGAAACAGAUAUGUAAAAGUCGAUGGGAUGAUGAGAAAGCAUUAACAAACGCGACUCGUGGAAACUUCUGGGAUCAACGCAAUAACACAUUUACUGACUAAACUAAAGACAAGAAAAGACGAGUAGGGAGCUCAAUCAAAGGAAAACCACCUUUUACACUAAUUAUUAUGGUAAUUACACGAAACACAUAAAACAUAACUCUCAACAGAUACACAUAUAACACGUACACUUCUACGCGCAUAAAGAAGUAAACUAAUUAAACAGAGGCCACAAGUUAUUGAACAUCCAAAUAAUAGUAAAUUAAUAAGAUGCUAAAAGUAGAUAAUGAAAAAAAAAUUUACGUAAAGGCGAUGAACUUUUUAGUAUAUUAUAGGUAUUAAAUAAUACGUUAUUUAAUACCUACUUGAGAGGCAGAGAGCGAGAGAGGGAGAGAAAGAUGAGAGAGAGACUGUGAAAGCAGUAAAUUUAAAUAGCGAGAGAGAGAGAGAGAGAGAGAAAGUUUUUAUCUUUACGGCUGUUUUUUCAGAACUUAUUUUAUAAAGUAAUAUAAUAAAGAAACGUAAAUGAAAAAGCCACUAGUAUAUCGAUUAUGAUUAUAAUUAUUACUACUAACUAUUGUAUUCCUUACUAUUAUCGAUUUUUAAAAUAAAGUUAAAGCGUAUAAAUUUAAAGGAUUUUUAAGUGUAUGCAAAGCGUUAGGAGAAAGUGAUCAUAAUAACAUUUGAUUUAUAGACGUAUUAACGAUAUAAUUAAUGUGUUUGCUGGAAUCGGUAAGCCAGGUAAAUUAAUUUAUAUUAUAAUUAACGAGUCUCAGAGGAAUGAUUAAAUUACUCUAGUACGAAGGGAUGGGAAAUGUGAGGGAGAAAAAAAAAGUAAUGACACAAAGUUAAAUGGCUGCCUUGCCGCACUUGUAUAUACAUAUAUUUUAGGGUACGCUGGAAAAGUAUAAUAUCGAGAUAAUAAGCGAAAGUGGUAGCAAUGGAUUUGAAAAAAAUACACACAAAAUGAUGACGAGAAAGCGGGACUAUUCGAAUAAUUGACAAUUAAUAAUUAUAACAGAUAAUAUAUUUAUAUUUAACGCGAUAUUAUUAGUAUUUUUCAAUACAGAAAUAAUGCAUCUAAUUAACGUAAUAGGUAGCAAAUAGGGAAAAAUACUUUGAUUCUAGCUGUUGUUACUAUCUGUCGUAAUUUCGUCGUUUUUACGAAUUACGACUUGCUCUCAGGGUUGUUACUGUCUUUUUUCCUCUUUUAUCUUUUAGUCUUCUACCUUUUUCAAUCACUUUUUUUAUAUUCUCCCUGUCUAAGAUUUCAAUUCCUAUUAGAAUCUUUGAAAAUGAUUGUAUUUAUAUUUUUUAGGUUGGUAUCUCAUUUCUCUUCUCGUUCUUUCCUCUUUUUCUUCUUUUUUUUUUUUUUGUUAAUUCUUUUUUGUUAAAUAAAUAGGCACUGAACUCAGUAUUUGAAGGAAGCAUUCUCAAAUGUUUUUUUUUUUUUUUAAAUCAUUUUAUGGGCGGUGUCAUGCGGAAAAGCAUGUUUUUUGCUGUAAAAUAUUUAUUGUUGAUUCGUAGGACUGAAACACUUUAUUUCAUAUAGAGAAGUAAUAAUUGUACAUUAAGGUUUAAGUAAUGGGAGGGGGGAGAAAAUCACAUACAGCUAGAUUUAAUUCUUCGUUACUUUUAAGACAUUACCAACAGGGAGAGUAAAAGAAACAAACAAUUCAACUUUAUAAACAAUGUUAGGUGUGUAAUUUUUACAAUUUUACACUUUUGCAUGUUUUAGUAUUUUCCCUCUACUUUACCGAAUCACUUAUUAUUUAAAUAAUCUUUCUGUCUGUUUCGCGUAUUGAAAUAAUAAAAUAAUGUUUAUUCAUUUGUUCAUGCAUUUUAUAAAUUCGCUUAAUCAUUGUCUUUUCUAUGUAUUUUUUUCUUGUUUUGUUUUUGCGAGGAAUUUCUUAAAGAUAUAUAAUAUAUUUAGUUAAUUCACCGUUUGCCUUAAUUUAAUUAGAUAGUGCACGCAUUCAAUAUUUUUAAUAUAACGAACUUAGUUUGCAAGGUAAUUAAAUAAUAAAAAAGAAAAAGAGUUAAGCAUUCAAUAUUUAAAGAUGAGAUACGAUAAAUAUAUUAUAAUUCCGGGGGCGUUACAUGUCUGUUUUUAACGUUAACACAUACUUGACGUCCCGCUCACUGAAGACUGGUCAUUAUAAUUAAAUGUUAUACUUAAAUAACUUACUAUUCAUAUUGUAAUUUAUACAAGAAACAGUUUUUAUCGAUGAGUUUAUCUUGUACUUUUAAUGGAUAUUAAUGUAAUUAGUUGGUAUCACAACGACGUAUUGGCUAUUGCAUUUCUACACGCUUAUUAUUGUAUUUCAAUUGAUUCUUCUAACACAUUCGCAUUUUUCCCCCUCUUGUUUGUUGGCUUAGUAGGCGAGAAAGAACAACGUCGAAAUUCGAUAAUAGAGUACAUAUAUUUGCCAUGAAUCAAAACGGCACGAAACUACGUGGGCAUUUUUCCAAGUUGUAAGGAAUAACGUUCGGGAAAGAUCUGUUGGUCGCACGACAAUGUAUUUUUAACUUUCGCGUUGAAAUCAUUUUUAACUAUCAUUCAAAGCACAAAUUCCAUCGAUGAUAGGUAAUAACCAAAAAGAAAGUUAACCACUGCCUGAGCUUGUUCCUUGUCUGUCAUCGGUUUCGUUGCAUGAUCAGUUAACGGCCCCAGAAUUUUGUAACUUUUCGAGCUGUUGCCAAUUGUAUCUUAAUCAUUGUGAGGCACAAAGAAAAGCAACAGAGAACAGAACAAAUGAAAUCGAUUAAAGUUGAAACUUGUUUAACAAUCAGUUGAUCGCGUUCGAAUGAAACGAUAAGAGAAAGCUAGGAAAGGGAAGAAUAGGGGAGUUGUCAUUGGUGUAGCAUUCAGGUAGUGCAAUGAUUUCGGUAUUACACGAAAACGUAGGCAGAAUACACGCGAUUUCAGAGAGGAAAGAAAAACACGAAAUAGAACAAAAUUAAAUAAUAAGGAAGGGAAUGUGUGUCAUAUAUGUAUAUGCAUAUAUAGACGUACAUACACUGUUAGAGACACACGAGUACACUGGUACACACCGUGAAUAUUCUAAAUUACGUUUACAGUAGAUGCAGUUAAGAUAUUAAAUUCUAAUUCUGCAAAGUGAUUUUCUGCGCGCCUGUUAGGACGACGUAAUUGUUGUCGAAAAAGAAACUAAUUAAUAAUAAUAAUAAUUAAAAAAAGAGAAACCUGUAUAGUAGCGAAGGGAAAACGUAGAAAAUUAAAGGAAAAACAAAAAAAUUGAGGACACUUCGAGUUUUACAAUAAGAGAGAGACAGAUAGAGAGAAAAAUUCUAAAUGUACUACGUUUAUGUUAAGUACCCUGCUAUAAGCGUGAAAGAAAGAAACUUUAUAUCGACGUAUAGAUGGUGUAUAGGCGAACCAUUUAACGACACGUUGUGUGCGCAAGAAAAAUCGACACGUGUACACACACUCAUCGACACACAUGUUCACACACCACUCCACACUACUACAUUAAAAUGCUUCACAUUCUGAGACUAAGGGCUUUGGGAGGGAGAGGAUUUGAAAAAGAAAAAAAGGGGGGAGGGAAACAUUUCUAGAGAUUCUUAACGAAACCGUGAGUGCAUUAGCGGAUUGGAGAAACGAUCGAAUAGGAACGACUAAAUAAUAAUAAGACUUGUUUCUUCCUGAAAUGUUACUCGAGAGCCAUUAACCGCAAAAGAAAAAUUCAGCCUGAACGAAAAGUAGAAAAAGCAACAAACAAAAGCAGACACACAAUUAAACGAUAAAGAAAACGGGAGAAAAACGAAAUUGAUGUAUCUUUAUUUCGCUGGAGAAAAAUGAAACAAACGAGAAACGAUUAUCCGCUUUAGUGAAUGGAAUUCCUACAGUUUGGAAUGCUUUGUCUCGCAUUGAACGAACGAGAAUCGAUCGAUCUACUUUUAUCAUAUUUUAGUGUGAAGUAUAAGAUAAAAUAAACGUAAAGAAAUGAAAUAAAGUCGACGAUGACGAUUGUAACGAUAAUAAAUGAAAUUGUUAACUGUAAUAACAUGACCUGUAUACUUGUAACUUUUAGCAUUAUAUUGGUAAGAUCGUGCCCCCCUGUACGAGACAAACGAUUAGAAUAUUUAUAGUGGAACGAUAGAUAAAUGUGAAACGACGACGAAGAAAAAUAAGGAAAUAUGAUUAAAUGAAAAUGAUAUAUGUUAGUAAGAUUACAGUCGCAUCGGCUGCCAGUCGAGAAAAGUAAACGGCCUAGCCGAUGUGACUAUGAAACGGCGAAAAAGUAAUACGUAUCCCAUGUUCAUCAUGUUUUACCUCAGAUUUAAGGAUACAUUUAAGGAUCUUUACGCUCGCACGCUUUCUGUCCAUCUCAUUCCCAGUGACCUAGGCUAGAAAACUCUCUGUACCGAAUGGAGUGUCCGACUUUUUAAUCGUGUUAAGCGAAUAACACGCUGUCAAGAAUUUCAAACAAAAAUUUCCUUAGCUAGAAAAAAUUGCAUGUGAAUUUCUUUUUUUGGGGAUAUGUGUAUUCAUAAUCCAGACGAAGUCGAACACUCCAUUAUCAGCACAGUAGCAGUAAAAAAAAAAAUAUAUAUACAUAUAUAUAUAUAUAUAUAUAUAUAUAUAUACACACCAGGCCAAAGCGCAUUGUCUCUACCUUUAAGAAUUCUCUUAAGGAAGAAUCUAAGAAAUUAGAGUUGUAGAAUCAAGAAAGAGAGAAGACGAAAGAAGUAAAAAAAAAAAAAAAAGAAAAACAGGAUAGGAUAAAGAGAGAGAGGAAGGAAAGGAAUAAUUACGUAGGUGGAGUAAGCACGAGAAAAAGAAAUUAAGAGCGAAAACUAUUACAGAUUGAGAGAGAGAGAGAGAGAGAGAGAGAGAGCGAGCGAGAGAGAGAGAGAGAGAGAGAGAGAGAGCGAGAGAUUUUUUGUCGUGGUGAAAAUUAUAAUAUUAUGCGCGUUUACUGAUAACGAUUUAAUGAACGAUGAUUGAUUAUUAUUAUUAAUUACUAUUAUUACACACAAUACAGAGAGCGGAGAUGUUGAGAGAGAACACAUGUUUACAUACUAUUCUGUAUAUAUACACGUAUAUAUACAAUUUUUUAUAUAUAUGUAUAUAUAUUCCAAAUAUAUAUGUAUAUAUACAUAUAUAUGAUAUAUAUAUAUAUUAUUCAUUGCAACGUAUAUGUAUGUACACGCACUCGUAUGUCUGCUCGUGUAAAUGUAUAUCUUUAAAAAAAGCAGGACAAAAUAUAUCGAUAUAGGGGCGUACGUAUUUCUUUUUUAAAAAAGUUUGUACAUUUUGCGUGCACGGCCAUUCGUGCACGCAUAAUGUCGACAUAUUAACGUCUAUGUAUACCACAUAUAUACACUUCUGUACACACUACAAUUUUCUUCGAUCUGUUUUAUUUUUCUUUUCUUUGUUUUGAUUCUACUCUCGAGGGAAAAUGGCUGUAUAAAAAGGAAGAAAUAAAUCAUGUGGAGAGAGGGAGGGUGGGUGGGAAAAAUCACUGAAAAAAAAAGGAAAUUUAAAAGGUUUAAAGGUUUUAAGGUCGAAGGUUUGUGAUUCGGAACGAAAAAAGAACAGAUGAGAUAAGUAAAGACCUUAUUAGUCUUAAUUAGCUGUGAAUAAAGAAAACGAAAGGGAAAGGUAAUGGAUGGAGAGAGAGAGAGAGAAAGAAAGAGAGAAUGAGAAGAAGAGAAGAAACGUGUUCGGUAAGGAGAGAGUGAAAGAAAAGUGUAAGAUAGUGUGUGAGAGAGAGACAGAGGGUACAUUAAUUAGUCUUUAAUUAAAUAGGAAGGAAAGGGUAGUAGUAAAUUGCAUUCAAAAUGUACACAUUUUUUUCGAAGCAUGUAUUACGUCUCGAUAAAAACAAAUAUUUUUACCUUUCUUUUUUUUCUGUACAGAUACAUUUAAUCGAUUUGCGCAUUGCCGUGUUAACGAUAGUUUUAGCUUUUAGUUAAUUCGAUAACUCAACUAUUUCUUGGAGACUGAACGUAGUCUUUAUCUUCCUAAACGAUAUUUAACGGUGGUGUACGCAUGGUUCGAUCGAUAAUGUCGAGUUAGGUGGUGAGUUAUUCAACUGAGUCGUACUAUUCGAUUUGUUUUCGUUGUGCUAACGAGACACGAUAACAAUUCACAUUCAAAUGUAUAGUGCUUGAAAACAGCGUAUAUAUGUGUAUGUAUACAUGCGCAACAUUGUCUAUGAAACAUGUGGGAGUCAUUAAUUUCGCAUGCGUAGCACAGAAGUCGACAAAUAAAAUUAGGUAAAUACUACAUAAAUAUAUAGAGAGGUGUGUGGGUUUGUUAUUACGAUUCGCUAUUUUUCAAUUGCUGCUACUUUUAUUAUUAUCAUUACUGUCACUCCAUAGUAGUUAUUUACUUACGUAGUAGUUGUUGCUAAUGCUAUUAUCACUCUUCUACUUUCCUCACAACUAAGAUUAUCGCUAUUCACUUUUGCAAAUAUUGCUUUUCCUUUUUUCAUAUUUUAAUCUAACUGUUUCCUAGUUUUCUUGCUCUACUGUCCUUUUUCGUCAGGGUUACAUGAUUUUAUGUGUUAAAACUAUAAUAGAAUAUCAAUUACUAAUGGUCGUAUCUAGCAACAAAGUUCAUAAGGUCGACUAUAUACAAAUAUAAAGAUUAGAUAUGCAUCUUGUUGGUCGUCACAUUUACAUUCUCGUCCGAUUCGUAUGAUCGUCACGUUCGUCUGAACGUGUACCAUUUACUUUCCGAAACGACGUGAUAAGUUGAAAGAUAAGAGUAGUUAUAAAUCAUGUUAAUAGGUCGAAUUGUUAGCAGACAGUGGAAUAAUUCGUAAAUUUCUUUUUUUUUUUUGUUUUUUUUUUUGGAAAUAAAAUGAUAAAAAGAGGACAAACCGAGAGAAAGGGAGGGAGAGAGAGAGAGAGAGAAAGAGUGAGAGAGUGAGAGAAUGAGAUUUUUGGUAUCAGAAUAAAAGCUGCUAGCAAUUUCUGUAAUCUACUACCGUUUGGAUACAAUUUACUCGCAGACAUCAUCUUUUUAGAAUACUUUUAGAGAUAAUGAAAAAAGAAACAAACGAAAAUGGAACGCAAGAGGGAUACUCAGAUGUUUUUUAAUCGUUCUUAAGGAUUUGUCGAAUAACAUAUACCUCAUUGUAACUAAUGAACCGUGAUUUUCAACGAGGCGCCAGCUGCUUCUUUUUUAUUCCUGGAGUUCCUAAACGUGUCGGUCCUUUCGUAAUAAGUCCUUCGCUCGUUAGCUGAUAUCGCAGGCAGCCAGGCCGUCGAUUUUCGUCGACCAUUACGUUACGUGUUACAUACAAUUAAAUGGUAUUAUUAUUCCACUAAAGAUGUAAAUUACUAACCGCUAAGGAAUUAACGUGUUACGAGAUUUUUCACACUAUAGUUAAGCAUAUUCACGCAGACACACAGAGACAGGCACGUCCGCAUUCAUUCAACGCCUCUUUCUAUCAUACUUCCGCGAUCGUGAGUUACUAGACAAAUCAAAAGAAAUAAUCGAGUAGCCUGUAGAAAUUUUGUACAGUCGAACGUUUGUUCAGUCCAUAAAUUAACGCUUAACGUCAGUCUCUCGGAUCACGUACAUAAUCGUAACGAUAGGUUAGUUUUCUUUCCCGUUUUCUCUUUAUAUUUUCUCAAAAUAAGAGCCAAGUCCGAGAGAUCGAUGUUACGAGUUAAAAAAUAUGAAGAAAUCUCGACGUUUCAGACUGAAACUCUCUAAGCGGUUAAGAAUAGUUAUUACUCUCGCCUUGAUUUUCACGCAUUAUUUGCAGAACCGGCGAAGAGAGAUGCUAUGGUAGCUCACGAUUAGACCGUUCAAUUUUAAGUAAGUCAGCCUCUAAGCAAUUCGGGACCCGAAAGAAAUGUUUUUCGAUUAAGUACUAGUUAAUUAUAAUACGUAAUUAAUUCCUAGGGAUAUCGUGAUCGGGCAGAAGUACAACGUAAAAAAAACGACUGAAUCGAAUGGAUUAAAAAGUUGGGUGUAGAAUGCGGGGAUUACGUAUGACUGGGGGGAGGGGUGGAGAGUAGAAUUUUUCGAUAAGAAAGAAUCACGAACGAAGCCUUAAAAUGCAGAUAAACAAAAAACAAACAGUACUUUUACUCUUCGUAUAGAAAUCUACUGGUUAAUAUACUUAGACGGUACGUCCAGAUCAGAAAGAUACAACACUUGUUAGAUUGUUAUUACUGAUAUUAAUCGAUUAAUUGAUUAAUUAAUUAAGGGAUUUAACGUAAUGGUUUAUUGUCGAAUUAAACAAGCAACCGUUCUCUAGUUGGAUACGCAGAUACGUAUCUUUCUAUCAGCUGAAUUCGUGUCGGAAUAAGUUCACCCUUGCAUUUAGCAUUCGUAAUGACGAGUGCCGCCGCGACAAACGUGACCGUCAUGCGACCAGAAUUUCUAUGAUAUUCGAUGUGCUCGAAAUAGUAAAUGUGACGACAACGGAGGACAUUUUUCCGUUUUUUAAGCGUAGGUAUAGUUCACUGAACUUGGGCAGGUCGCGAAAAAGAUACAGAAUAUAAUAAAAUGUUGAAGAGUUUGUACACACAAGCGUACUUUGCUUGAACUUAAUUAGAAGAUCACGUUACCCUUAUUAGAGACAAGUAUGUAUAUACUUGUACACCGUUCGACUAUAAAAUCGACAUAAGCGACGGUAUAAAACGAGAUUCGAUAAACCCGAUAGGUUUUUACGAGUCUUGUAUGCGCAUGCACUAAUCCUUUUACCAUAGAAUUAACUGUUUGUACUUUAACGAGUAAUAUUUAAUAUUUCGAUGUGCAUCUAUCAAUAUACGUGUGUACGUACGUACGUAGAAAAAGAGAAAUCGCGAAGAUAAAUAGAAGUUUCCGUGUAUAAUUACAACUUAAGGAAAACAAACAAAUAUUAAUGAGAGAAUAAAUCAGGGCCGGCUGGUGGUUGGAACGAAUUUUCGAUAACUCUGUCUAUCGUAGCACGUGUUUAAGAUUCCAUAAUUUUAUUUGCUAAGAUGUUAAUUUUAACGAUGGAAAUUAGUUAUUCGAUGAUAGUUGCUAAUUACGUUUGAGUCCCGACUGAAAAGUCUGCUAGUACAACUAGUUUCGAACAUAAGCAAGGCUGAAUCGAAUGAAAUUGACUUUGCUCAUUCCAAGAAUGUCGAGUCCUCUGAAACGGUCCUAAUAAGACUGACGCUCUCGGACAAAACGAAAAAUAACCAAAAAAAAACAAAAUAAAUAAAAGAAUAUCUUAGAUGAAACAAAUUGUAAAAAGUAAAGGUAUGUUGUAUCGUGAAAAACGAUUCCUACGGUAAGUCUUAAUUUUCGCGUUUAAAAGACCAUACUCUUUGCUUAUUUAAUCAUUACGGUACUUUUUCGCUGAGCAAAAUACGUCCAACGACCACUGCCCUUUAAAAGGAAAACAGCUUAAGCAAAGAGAGGACCCUUUUUUCGCGUAGGUUAACGAAAAAUUCUUCAAUCUGAGAUUCUCAGAAAUGAAUAUCGAAAAAGGAGGCGAGGGUUCGUAUAAAGAAAAAAGAUGAUAAGAAGAAGAAGAAGAAGGGGAAAAACGAAGAACGAAAAGAUGAAAAAAAAAAAAUUGUAAAUCAGUGUUAAUUAUUCGAACUGAAAGGAAGCGCCUCUGCUUUUUCUCCUGCGAACGAUACGUCGAUUUGGAAAUAUUGCCGUGUCACUUUAGGCUUAGGAUUAUUAAACGUGAAACAAAAGGGGGAGGGACGUCGAUGAAACUAUUAAAGGUAAAAGAAGUGUCAAAGUACUGCUACGAUUUAUCAAACUAUUUACUAUUUACGACUAGUAACACUUAAACAAGGAACCAUACUGUUGUUGUUAUUAUUUUCUAUUGUAAUUAAUUAAUUAUCACGAAUUACAAUGGCUUUACUAUUUUCUUGAAUAAAUGCCUAUAUCUACAGCUUCUCGAGCGCGUUUCAGCAUAGCUUAAGUUUAUGUCAGAAGAGGAGAAAACGAGGGAAUGAGCGGUUGAUUAAAUCAUUCGAUAGUGAGAUUGUAUGGCAUGGAGAGUAAAAAUGGUGGAGAACGAGAUAUCGCGAGAUGGAGGGUGAACGAGUUGAAGCGAGAAUGAGACGCAAUUUGAUUGGUGUUUUGCGAAAGAAUGUGAAUGAACGAACGGGAACGAAUCAUUUUAAGAAAGUGGAAAAGUGUGGACAAAGGAAGAAAGAUGUAAAAGAAAAAGUGAAAAAUAAGAUGAGUAUAAAAGCAGGCUGCAGCUAACGCAACGUAAUAAAUAGGAGAAGACGAACGGGUAGUUAGAUAAAUAAGGGUAGUAAGUGAAUUUAAACAGAGAAUUAUUAUAUUUAACGCACGAGGUGCUGACGAUCGGGCCCGCGAACACAAAAUCCUCGAAGUAUUAAUUAAAAGUGGACGCCGUUUUUAAGGUUAUUAUCGACUAUCAUGUUUAUUAUAUUAAAUAAUAGUUAAAGGCUAUCUAACGUUUAACGGUCUAGUUUACACGAUAAAUGAUUACAUGGAAACUUUACCUCUGCCUAAGGAUAGAUUGUACGAAUCGAUUUAACGAGAAAAUAAGGAAAAAUAAAAUGACGAUAAGACAAAAAGUUGUAGCUGGUUAAGAGCGAAUCGAAAAUAAGAUAAGUAAAUAAUGAAAUAGAAUUUUACGGGGAGGGGGGUUGAUCAAUAAAUACUCGAAAGUACACCAAAAGUGCUACCAGGGGAAAUGGAAACCGGUAUAUUCGAGCGAUAGGGAAUCGUGUUAUAGUCCUAAGGGAGAAGAACAGAUGACGUUUGUUUUAUCUUUCCGUCUUACCGUCGUCGGACGAAAACAUUUACCGAUUUCACUCUUUAAUUCUUUUUUUCUUUUUCUUCACUUUUCAGUCGUAGAAUUUUUCGUUUGCCACGUUUGUAUCCUGUCGCUAUCUCGCUGUUGCUUUGUUAUACUUCGAUGCUGCUUUCGAACGUUUGCGUAGCUUUUCGAUAAAACGGCAGGCUCUUAGAACGUGUCUUAAAAGCGUACGGCCGUUAGUCGUACGAUUCUAGUAAUCGUAAAAAAUAAAAGAAAAAGAGAAGGAAGAAAGGUCGACACUCGGCGGAGAGAGUGAGAAUUGUGUGAAUCGAGCGUAUAUGUAUAGACGUGAGAGUGCAUGAGGGAAUCCGGACAACGUUGUAGGUAAAUCGAUAUAAUUAUUGAUUAAGGGAUAAGUUGUGUACAAAUGUAUUAUAAAUUAAUGAUUAUCCUCAGAGUACCUUAAACGCAGAAAGAUGAGAGAAAACGAGAGAGAAAAACGAAGCUCACCUUUAACUUAAACACACAUACAUACACACAAUAUUACGUAGAAUUUUCUCCCAAACCUCCCCCGUUUUUAUACGGUUGGGCCGUUUUGGCUGAGGUCGCGAAUACUUUUCCAGGCCGUGCUUUUAUGGGGAUGAGGCAAAGCGUAGGAUCAAUACUUAAGGUAUCCAUUAAUUAUCUAAUUAAUUAAAGCGUAUAAACUUGACAUAAGAGAAAACCGUUGCUUAGGGAAGUAUUAAAAUAGAGAGCGAAACGAAGAUAUUUUUAAUGAAACAAACAAAUGCCAACCAUUGUGUUCUCGUGAGAAUCAUAAUUGUUCCGUAACUCUUAAGUGAAAUGGAAAAAUCGCGUAUCUAAGUCGUUAAUUAGUCGUUGUAAUUUUAAUUCUUUUGUUAGAAAGCAAAUUGUAAUAAACGGGUGUACGAAAGGUCAGGGAGAGAGAGACUGAGAGCGUUGUUAAAUUGCCGGUUAAUUGGUUAAUUGGAUGAGGAGGGGAGAUAAUAAAAAUGAUUACAAGAGCAGAGAGUGACGAAUGUUGACGAAUGAGAGACGGAUGGAUAUUACGGUAUAUAGUACGAGGAAUGAAUCGAGAGCCGACGAAAUUAAGUUUACAAGAAAGCAAAUCGUAAAACAAGCAUGGAUCGCUGGUGACUGCAAAAGAGAGAAUCUAGUGACAUAGAGGAAACGAUUGUUGGAAAGUUUCAUGGACACGAGAGGGAGAGAAAGGCAAACAGGUGCGAAUGGGAUUAGCGUGGAAGUGACGAGAAGAGAGCGUGUAGAGAUAAAUUUUCGACGUUCAAACGACAGAGACACACAGUGCCGCCGACAAGAUUUCUAGUAAUACAAAGAACAUAGUUUGUACGCGAUGUACAAGUGGCGCCGUUUGGUGCCGAACCAGGUUUAAGGUUUGCCAAAUUUUGAUAAGUAAAGAAAAAAAAACGUUAAAAUAAAAAGAUAAAAACACGCGAGACAAUGUAAAAGUUUAUUAAGCUGCAUUACGUAUAUAGUGCAUAGGAAGUACUUGCAUUAAAAGAAUCAUAGCUAAACCGUUAGUGCUUAAAACGCGAUGAUGUGAUGAAAGUGCCGACGCAAUAUUUCCAAAUCGUAUCAAGAGAAAAAAAACCUCCCUAACCACCUGAAAUUUUCAUCAGAAACUUUUUCCAAUAAUUAGAUCCAGCAUUACGAAACUUUCGAGAUAAAUCGAAGACGAGCUGAACACAGAGGUGAUUGUUUUCCUCCUCAUCCCAUCAGGAUCGUUUCUUAUUAGUGUACGGUUGUUUGUCAGUUGAUUUGAUCGUGAAUUGUAAAUUUCGUUCUAUGAUAAUGUAUGUAAAAUACGCGACACACUGUGAACAAGGGAAAGGAGAAAGGGACAGAGACUAACGAAAAUUUCGAAGAGUAGCUUAAUAGCGGAUUAACGAUCGUUAUCUAAUUUUAGCGACAUUAGUUAAUCUGAUAAGAAUGAGGGAGUGAUUGGCAAAGAAUAGGGCACGAAUGUCGUCGCGUGUAGGUCCUUGGAUCGAUGGAGCUACACAGAUUUGAUAGUCUGUAGAUUUGAUAGCUACGCAAUGUUGAUGCAACAAAUCUUACACACGUGAAGCUGAAACAAAGAAACACACACAUACAUAACACAACAUCCCUUGUCACGUGUGUGAUUUGGCAACGAUAUGAGAGAGGAAGUAAAAAAUCAGCUGCGUAAAUUUUGCUAUUUGUCCGAUAGAAUUGGCAUGGAAUAAGGGAACGAAUAAAACGAGGAAAGACGAACGAUAGAAAAGGUAACGCGAACAUGGUUGAUAAUGACAUAGAGCGGAAAAUCGUCAGAGCAUCGAAGAGUAUGCAUGAUCAUGUGUGCAUGAAUAUUUUCAUUCAAGAGGAAAGAAAGAAAGAAAAUUCUCCGAGUUUGCUGUUUAAUAUUUUCCGUGUGGUGUCAAAGGAAGACGAGAAAGGGUUAACCGUAGAAGGAGAUUCAUUAAGAAAG